CUCGGCGGUUCUCGGGGAGCCCGAUCGCGCGGGGAAGGGCGAGCCGCACGGCCGGGGGCGGGGGCCGGGAAGCGCGCGGCCGGUCGUGCCGGCGGGGGCCCGCGAUGGCGGGGGCCUGGCUCAGGUGGGGACUCUUGCUCUGGGCAGGGCUGCUCCUGUCGUCCGCGCACGGCCGGGUGCGGAGGAUCACGUACGUGGUGCGCCCGGGCCCCGGCCUGGCGGCGGGCGCCUUGCCCCUGGGCGGGCCACCGCGCCCGCGGACCUUCAACGUCGCUCUGAACGCCAGGUACAGCCGCAGCUCGGCGGGCGCCCCGUCCGAGCGGACCCGGCGCACCAGCAAGCCGGGCGGCGCGGCCCUGCAGGGGCUCCGGCCGCCGCCACCACCGCCGCCGCCCGAGCCGGCGCGUCCCGGGAGCCCUGGCGGGCCGCUCCACCCCGCGCCCGCCGGUCAUCCGGCAGCCGCCCCGUUUGCCAAACAAGGCAGGCAAGUCAUGCGCUCCAAGGUGCCGCAGGAGACCCAGAGCGCCGCGGGCUCCAGGCUGCAGGUUCACCAGAAGCAGCAGCUGCAGGGGGUCAAUGUCUGUGGAGGGCAAUGCUGCCAUGGCUGGAGUAAGGCCCCUGGCUCCCAGAGGUGCACCAAACCAAGCUGUGUGCCGCCAUGCCAGAAUGGAGGGAUAUGUCUCCGGCCUCAGCUCUGUGUGUGUAAACCAGGGACCAAGGGAACAGCCUGCGAGAUAGCAGCUGCCCAGGACACCUCUUCACCAAUCUUUGGAGGGCAGAAUCCUGGGGCUGCCUCCUCUUGGGUCCCUCCUGAGCAAGCAGCAAAGCUUACUUCAUCCAAGAAGGCAGACACUCUACCAAGAGUCAGUCCUGUGGCCCAGAUGACCUUGACUCUCAAGCCGAAGCCCUCAGUAGGACUCUCCCAGCAGAUACAUUCUCAAGUGACACCCCUUUCCUCCCAGAAUGUGAUGAUUCAUCACGGCCAAACCCAGGAGUAUGUGCUCAAGCCUAAGUACUUUCAAGCCCAGAAGGUGAUCUCGGGAGAGCAGUCCACAGAAGGCUCAUUCCCAUUCAGAUAUGGGCAGGAUCAAGUCGCAGCACCUUUUCAGUUGAGUAACCACACUGGCCGCAUCAAGGUGGUCUUCACUCCAAGCAUCUGUAAAGUGACCUGCACCAAAGGCAGCUGUCAGAACAGCUGUGAGAAGGGGAACACCACCACUCUCAUUAGUGAGAAUGGCCAUGCUGCUGACACCCUGACGGCCACGAACUUCCGAGUGGUAAUUUGCCAUCUUCCAUGUAUGAAUGGGGGCCAGUGCAGUUCAAGGGACAAAUGUCAGUGCCCUCCAAAUUUCACAGGGAAGCUUUGUCAGAUCCCAGUCCAUGGCGCCAGUGCACCUAAACUCUAUCAGCAUUCCCAACAGCCAGGCAAAGCGUUGGGGACACAUGUCAUCCAUUCUACACAUACCUUGCCUCUAACCAUGACUAAUCAGCAAGGAGUCAAAGUGAAAUUUCCUCCCAACAUAGUCAAUAUCCAUGUGAAGCACCCUCCUGAGGCUUCUGUGCAGAUACAUCAGGUUUCAAGAAUUGAUGGCCCAACGGGCCAGAAGGUAAAAGACUCUCAAGCAGGCCAAGCCCAAGUGUCUUACCAGAGCCUUCCUGUCCAGAAGACCCAGACCGUGCAUUCCACGUACUCCCACCAGCAGGUUGUUCCACACAUCUACCCUGUGGCUGCUAAGACACAGCUUGGCCGAUGCUUCCAGGAAACCAUUGGGUCACAGUGUGGCAAAGCUCUCCCUGGCCUUUCAAAGCAAGAGGACUGCUGUGGAACCGUGGGUACCUCCUGGGGCUUUAACAAAUGCCAGAAGUGCCCCAAGAAGCCAUCUUAUCAUGGAUAUAAUCAAAUGAUGGAGUGUCUGCAAGGUUAUAAGCGGGUUAACAACACCUUUUGUCAAGAUAUUAAUGAAUGCCAGCUACAAGGCGUGUGCCCUAACGGUGAGUGUUUGAACACCAUGGGCAGCUAUCGAUGUACCUGCAAAAUGGGAUUUGGGCCGGACCCUACCUUUUCAAGUUGCAUUCCGGACCCCCCUGUGAUCGCGGAAGAAAAAGGGCCCUGUUACCGGCUGGUCAGUUCCGGAAGGCAGUGUCUGCACCCUCUGUCUGUUCACCUCACCAAGCAGCUAUGCUGUUGUAGCGUGGGCAAGGCAUGGGGCCCACACUGUGAGAAAUGUCCCCUUCCAGGCACAGCUGCUUUUAAGGAAAUCUGUCCUGGUGGAAUGGGUUAUACGGUUUCUGGCGUUCAUAGACGCAGGCCAAUCCAUCACCAUGUAGGUAAAGGACCUGUAUUUGUGAAGCCAAAGAACACUCAACCUGUUGCUAAAAGUACUCAUCCUCCACCUCUCCCAGCCAAGGAAGAGCCAGCGGAGGCCCUGACCUUCUCCCGGGAACACGGGCCAGGAGUGGCGGAACCUGAAGUGGCAACAGUGCCUCCUGAGAAGGAAAUACCUUCACUGGAUCAAGAGAAAACCAAACUUGAGCCUGGGCAACCCCAGCUUUCUCCAGGCAUUUCAACAGUUCAACUGCACCCACAGUUUCCAGUAGUGAUUGAGAAGAUGUCACCUCCUGUGCCUGUCGAAGUGGCUCCUGAGGCUUCAACAUCAAGUGCCAGCCAAGUGAUUGCUCCUACUCAAGUGACAGAAAUAAACGAAUGCACUGUGAACCCUGACAUCUGUGGAGCAGGGCAUUGCAUUAACCUGCCGGUGAGGUACACCUGUAUAUGCUACGAGGGCUACAGAUUCAGUGAGCAGCAGAGAAAGUGUGUUGAUAUUGAUGAAUGUGCUCAGGUGCAACACCUCUGCACCCAAGGACGCUGUGAAAACACCGAGGGAAGCUUCUUGUGCAUUUGCCCAGCAGGAUUUAUGGCCAGUGAGGAGGGUACCAACUGCAUAGACGUGGAUGAGUGCCUGAGGGCCGACGUGUGUGGGGAGGGCCGCUGCAUCAACACCAUGGGGGCCUUCCGGUGUGAGUACUGUGACAGUGGCUUCCGGAUGACCCGGGGAGGCCGUUGUGAGGAUAUUGAUGAGUGUUUAGUGCCAAAUACUUGUCCAGAUGAGCAAUGUGUGAAUUCUCCUGGAUCUUACCAGUGUGUCCCCUGCACAGAAGGAUUCCGAGGCUGGAAUGGGCAGUGCCUUGAUGUGGACGAGUGCCUAGAACCAAAUGUCUGCACGAAUGGCUCUUGUUCCAACCUUGAAGGCUCCUACAUGUGCUCAUGCCACAAAGGAUACAGCCCGACACCGGACCACAGACACUGUCAAGAUAUUGAUGAAUGUCAGCCAGGGAACCUCUGCAUGCACGGGCAGUGCAAGAACACUGAGGGUUCUUUCCGAUGUACCUGUGGCCAGGGGUACCAGCUGUCAGCAGCCAAAGACCAGUGUGAAGAUACUGACGAGUGCCAGCACCAUCACCUCUGCUCUCACGGCCAGUGCAGGAACACAGAGGGCUCCUUCCAGUGCGUGUGUGACCAGGGCUACAGGGCAUCUGCACUGGGAGACCACUGUCAAGAUAUCAAUGAAUGCUUGGAGGACAAUAGCGUUUGCCAGGGAGGAGACUGCAUUAACACUGAAGGCUCGUACGAUUGCAACUGUCCAGAGGGAUUCCAGCUAAAUGAAAGUAAAGAAUGUCAAGAUAUCAAUGAGUGUGAACAGCCAGGGCUCUGUGGGCCUCAGGGAGAGUGCUUAAACACAGCCGGGUCUUUCCACUGCGUCUGCGAACAGGGUUUCUCCAUCUCUGCCAAUGGCCGCACAUGUGAAGAUAUUGAUGAAUGUGUAAACAACACUGUGUGUGACAGUCACGGGUUUUGUGACAAUACAGCUGGCUCCUUCCGCUGCCUCUGUUAUCAGGGCUUUCGAGCCCCACAGGAUGGGCAAGGGUGUGUGGAUGUGAACGAAUGUGAACUGCUCAGUGGCGUGUGUGGGGAAGCCUUCUGUGAAAAUGUGGAAGGGUCCUUCCUGUGUGUGUGUGCUGAUGAAAACCAGGAGUACAGCCCCAUGACGGGGCAGUGCCGCUCCCGGACCCCUGAAGAUUUAGAUGUAGAUCAACCCAAAGAAGAAAAGAAAGAGUGCUAUUAUAAUCUCAAUGAUGCCAGUCUCUGUGACAAUGUGCUGGCCCCCAAUGUCACCAAACAAGAAUGUUGCUGUACUUCAGGCGCCGGGUGGGGAGAUAACUGUGAGAUCUUCCCCUGCCCAGUCCUAGGAACAGCUGAGUUCACCGAAAUGUGCCCUAGAGGGAAAGGUUUUGUUCCCACUGGAGAAUCUUCUUACGACAUUGGUGGUGAGAACUAUAAAGAUGCUGAUGAAUGCCUACUGUUUGGACAAGAAAUCUGCAAAAAUGGUUUCUGUUUGAACACUCAGCCUGGUUAUGAGUGCUACUGCAAGCAAGGAACAUACUAUGAUCCUGUCAGGUUACAGUGCUUUGAUAUGGAUGAAUGUCAAGACCCCAACAGUUGUAUUGAUGGCCAGUGUGUUAAUACAGAAGGCUCUUACAACUGCUUCUGUACACAUCCAUUGGUCCUGGAUGCUUCAGAAAAAAGAUGUGUCCGGCCAACUGAAUCAAAUGAACAAAUAGAAGAAACUGAUGUCUACCAAGAUCUGUGCUGGGAGCAUCUGAGUGACGAGUAUGUGUGCAGCCGUCCUCUGGUGGGCAAGCAGACGACAUACACAGAGUGCUGCUGUUUGUACGGAGAGGCCUGGGGCAUGCAGUGUGCCCUCUGCCCUAUGAAGGACUCAGAUGACUAUGCCCAGCUGUGUAACAUCCCCGUGACAGGACGCCGGCGACCGUAUGGACGCGAUGCUCUGGUGGACUUCAGUGAGCAGUACACUCCAGAGACGGAUCCUUACUUCAUUCAGGACCGUUUCUUAAACAGCUUUGAGGAGUUACAGGCUGAGGAAUGUGGUAUCCUCAACGGAUGUGAGAAUGGCCGCUGUGUGAGGGUCCAGGAAGGUUACACCUGUGAUUGCUUUGAUGGGUAUCACUUGGAUAUGGCCAAGAUGACUUGUGUUGAUGUAAAUGAAUGUGAUGAGUUGAACAACCGGAUGUCUCUCUGCAAAAAUGCCAAGUGCAUCAACACCGAAGGUUCCUACAAAUGUCUGUGUCUGCCAGGCUAUGUACCUUCUGACAAGCCCAACUACUGCACUCCAUUGAAUACCGCCUUGAAUUUAGAAAAAGACAGUGACCUGGAGUAAAAGAGAGUCUUCAUAACCUAAGCCCAUAUACUCUGCACUGUGUAAAGGAAAAGGGAGAAAUGUGUUAUACUUGAGACAUUGCACCUAACCCAGAAUGUUGGAGACCGCAUGGAGUGUGUAUCCUCCAAAGACAGUGAGAGGAUUUGGUACUGGUGUAACAGACCAAAUGGACAUUUCUCUGAAAACCAGUAUAUAUAGUCUGUUCAUAUGUAAAAUUCAGUGGAAAAGAGGCAAACAGUGCUGUUAUUUUAAACAGAAGGUUGUAUUAUUAUGGUUUUUUUUUACUAUUGCUUAAAUUUGACAUUUAAAUAGUGGUGGAAAUGUUUUAUAUAAUUUUCAUUUUUUGUUUGUGCAGUUCCUUGGCUACUGUUUUUCUUCUUCAGAUUUUUUUUAAAUCUCAAGUGCAAAAGUCUUUGAUAAAAUAUUGUUAAGCUGUAUUAUAAAUAUUGUGACACAGGGUUGUACUACUCUUUGCUUUGGAGCAUUUUUAAAAUUGAAAUUGUCCUGUGGAACAGGCAGUGAUUUUUGUUUCAAAAUUUUUAUACACAUUUGGAGGAAAAAAACCCUUUAUAUUUUCAGCAUAUUGUCUGAAUUUAAUGUCCAUUCUUAGCCAAGCUGCUAGCAGGUGUCAAUUGGAUCCCUGUCCUUCACUGAAAUGGAAGAACUCAAGAGCUUACAUUAGUAUUAUAAUAUGUAAAGGAAGCCCAGCAAAUUUUUUAAAUUUGAUGAUCCCCAAAAUAUUUACCAUUGUAUGUUAAAGCAAAAUAAAUCACCAGUUUUGUAGAAAAAAAAUCUACCUGAGAGUGACUGUCAAUGAGUGUACAGAUUGAAUCCCUGGCUUGCCCCACUUCCUGUCUUUUUAACCAAUGGUCCUCUAUG